AUGCUCUCGAUGCCGAUAUCAACACAGGACCUGGGCGAUCCGUCCAGCUGGCGUCCCGACGUCCCUGCCUCGCAGAUCUUCGAGGAGAAGACAUGGCUCCAGGGCUCAUUCCUCUCCGCCAUUGCCUACGGUGUCGUCGUAACCCUCUUCUUCCUCAACUUCAGCCUCCUCCUUGAACGACUGAAGAAGGACCCUUCGAGUUGGCGCACGAGUUCGCACAGACGGCAGAACCUCGCGUUGAUCACCUACGUGGGGAUCAUGUUCGUCCUCAGCACCCUGACGGUCGCGUCGCAGGCGGAAAUGACACAGCUCGGGUUCAUCGUGAACAGGAACUUCCCAGGCGGUCCUGCUGCCUUUCAGAAUGUCAUGUUCUCGAUACCGGUCAGUAGAAUUGGGAAUGUGUGCUUUUCGUUGAUGAAUUGGCUCGCGGAUUGUGUUCUGCUCUGGAGAUGCGUAGUCAUCUACAGAACGUCUAGCAUAUCCAUGACGAAAGUCAUGGCCGUACCCGUGGUUAUGCUCCUGGCCUCCUUUGUGACUGGUAUCAUAUACCCCACCCAAAUCUCCCGGGCUGGCUCCUCGCCAUGGGCCACCGAGGCCUUCACGCUCAUCUACGGCCUCAUCAGCCUUUCGCUCAACAUCCUCAUCACGGUCAUGAUCGUCGUGCGCCUUUACCUCCAUAGGCGACGUGUUGUUCAAGCGAUCGGGGUACGGCAUGCCUCGCAGUACACGAGCAUCAUCGCCAUGCUCAUCGAGUCCGCCUUCGUCCUCGACGUCGUCGUCAUCUGGUUCCUCAUCGCAUUUGCGAUCGAGUCGCCGCUCGCGAACAUCGCCCUCUCCACCCUCGUCCAAGUCCAGACCAUUGCUUCGUUCAUGAUCAUCUUCCGGGUGGCUACUGGCACAGCGUGGGCCUCAUCAAGCGUUGCUGAUCGCGACAUGGGUACCAAAGAGAUAGCAAACCGUAUCGCAGAGAUCUCUGCGAUAUGCUUUGGACGCCCUGGUGCAGAGACCGUCACCGCCGUCAAUAGCUCGCGGGGGUCCCAUUCAAGGGCGAAGACCCCUGAUAUUGAGCUUGUACCGCCGUUGAUAUCACAGACAAUAUUGACCCAGAAUGAUUUGAAGGUGUAA